CGGUCGCUCGCCAGAACAAGCCACGUGGUAGUUAUUACACCGACAGUCAGGUUGCUCAGUGUGUCAGUGUCCGCUCAGUGUUAACAUUGAAACCGCAAGUAGCUGCUGUGCUGGCUGGAAACCGGAAACAGCAUCACAUGUCGUUCCCAUAUUUGAUGACAAAUCGUCACGUACUUAUGCCAGCAGCUACCCGAGGUCGUCUGCUGGAAAAUACAAUAUUUUAGGUUAUUUCCCGUGCGCUUUGUGUGAACUGUUUCGUUUUCCUUAGUCUUGUUAGUGUUAGUUCAUUUCAGUCGUGCUUUCUGUGGUGAAUUCAAUUUUUAAAAUGGAGAGGUUCAAAAUUGCUGUGGAGACAUCAGUAAAAGUGGAGUGCCAGUAUGUUCCCCAGUUCAUCACGUCAUCUGUUUGUAUGGUCUCUGCCAACUCUUGCUUUUCUGCUCAGCUUGUUAUGGUAUCGCAGAAGACGGGGUGCAUCAUCAAGAAGUGACCCUGGGGGAACAAUGCAGGAUACAGAUAGCACAUCUGGAGAUCAAGUUCAGCAGGCAAAGGAUUUUCAGAUGUCCACCACAGAUUCUCUACCUGCAGAGAUACAGCUUGCCAACAGGGAACAGCUGUGUGAGACAGUUACUAUUACCAAGGGUGGUAUAAAAUCACAAACUGACAAACUUGUGAAACCAUUUCCUAUGUUGAGGGAAGAAUGUAAACCUGAGACUUCACAUCAGCAGACUUCAGAGCUAGUGCUCAUUAAGAAGGUGAUGGCUGAGACAGCUAGGAAUGUCUGUACUGGUAUUCCAUAUAGUGAUGAUAAGCAUGAAAAUUCAGAUAAAAAUGGAAUUCACACAAAAAACGAUAUUCAAGAAAUGAGUCCUGCAGAAUGUCCAGUUGGUAAGUUAGAUCAAGAAUUAUGUGUAGAGAAAAUCACAGUGAAAUCAGUUGUGAAUAAGGAGACAAAGAUACCAAUGUCAGAAGGCUCAGUUUGUAAUGGUCUGGAGAACCCAAAGCACUCAACUGAUAAGAUUAGUGGGACAGUUUCAUCACCAGCACAAGUUGAGGGGAAGGAGGUGGGUGAAACCACUGAAAAUUUGAGUACUAAUGCAAAUACUAACGUUUCUCCUCAAAAGUUAUCAGAGUCUUCUUAUUUAUUGCCAGAAGUUAAUGUUUUAUGCACAAGUGAUUCACUUGAGAGGACUGAACACAAGCAGAAUACUAUUGAAGUAGAAUCAGAGGCUUUACCUUCAAACAAAGUAACUAGUGAAGAAAACUCCAGAAUGUUACAAGUGUCAGACAUCAGGAUACAACUGGAUAACAGAGACACAAGUGUGGGACUUCAGAGCAGUGAAGUUGGAGUACAUGUUUUACCUCUUAACUUAGAUAUUCCAGAAAAUUCGCAAUUUGUGGACUGUGUUGAAAAAGACAUCGAUACAGUUCAAUUGACAAGUGACAUACAAAUUUCUUCAGCUGUUAAAGACGAGGAAGAAGCAGAUGAUGAUGGGAGUGUUAGUAGUGUUGACAGUUUUUCAGUCGCCACGACUGUUAUGACUUGUGAAUUAAGUGCACAGAGUUUUUCAGCGGAAAAAGAUGAACAUGAGGAGAGUACUGAGUUGUCCACAAUGGAGACAACUGCUCAAGGAAGUGUGUCUGUGCCACUUGAAUGCAAAUUAUCGUCCUUGGAGUUGAACAAAAAUACAACAGGAGAGGCAUCAUCUGAUGCAGGUAGUAUAUCAACAAAUGGAACAAUGGCUGGGAGUAUUUCGGUGGCAUCUGAACUGCAAAGAACUGAAAGAGACUCUGCAAAUCACAGUCCAGCUGAUGUAAUGCUUGCCAGUCCGUCCAUAAGCAGCUAUUCUGAUGCACAUAGUGAGGGUUCAAGUGACAGUGGUAAAGGCUGCAGUGAUGUGGCAACACCACCUUCACGCACACCAGCCAGUGGAAGUUCUCUAUCUGGUGAUGUUCCCUUGUCAUCUGUAUAUGAAUUUGUCCUGCCACAGCAUUUGGUUGGUCGUCUCAUAGGCCGUCAUGGCUGCUUUGUCCAGGAAAUCAAGAAAAAUACAAAUGCCAGCAUUCUCAUCAAAAGACAUCCAGACACCCAGAAGCUCAAAAUAUGUGCUGUAGAAGGGUCCCAGGCAGACAUAGAAAGUGCACUGGAAAUGAUACGACAAAAGUUCCCAGUAAAUCGCUACCCACAUGUGACCCUGGAACAGGUGUGUUUCCUGCCUUCUGUGCCAACAUUCCCACUGAUCCCAGAAAGCAUGCAGCUUCAGCUGGUUGAGGGAGUCAACAAUGAUGUAAUCUUGUCAAGCCUAAUAUCACCUGCACACUUCUUCGUGCAGCAUCCUACACACCCCACAUUUCCUGCACUCGUUCGGUUGAAUGCGUGUAUGAACUUAUGCUACAGCGAACCCACAGCACCUGCACUUCCAACACCAAUACAAGAGAAUGUGAUCUGUGUGGCACCAACAGUGGAAGGAUGGUACCGUGCUCAAGUGGUAGCAGUAGAUGCAGAAACAGAUACCUGUGAUAUCAAGUUUGUGGAUUAUGGUGGAUAUUUAACAUUGAACAGCUCUUUACUACGCCAGAUCCGAGGAGACUUCAUGACAUUGCCGUUCCAGGCAGCAGAAUGUUACCUGGCGAAUGUUGUCCCCGUUGGAGGGCAUGAGGCAUCAUGGACCAAAGAAUCUAUGGUUAGUAUGGAAGAACUGACACAUGGACAAGUCCUUCAAGCCCAGGUGUGUGGUUAUGCACAAGAUGGUCUACCUGUGGUUUAUCUGUAUGCUGUUCAUGGAUCUCAGAUGGUGCUCGUGAAUCAGGAGCUGGUUUCACAGGGUUUCGCAGAGUGGGUGGAGCAAGCAGAGGCAUAGAUAUGAACAGCUGAAAUGUGUGAGCUAGUCCAGAUAACCUAAAGUGAGGUAAUUGUCAGGCAGGUUUGCCAGAGAUUGCUGGUACUGGUUUGGUCAUUUAACCAAAGCAUUUCCUCUUAAUCAAUCUGUUGUGUAUCUUGAGUUUGGAGAAAUGUGGGAAAUGAGCAUAGAAUAAAUGCAAGUUGGCCAGAAGUUCUGUUUCUACAGCCUUUGUUGACUUGGCAUAUAUCAGUACAUUUAAUCUUGUAAGAGGUUUAGUAGUAACCAAGAAUAAAGCUCUGGCACAGUGGUAAACUGUAUGUUACCAGAACAGUUCAGUGUCAUAAAGUUGAAUGUUUACAUUGUUCUAGGAGGAUUAAAGAGAGAGACAACAGAAACUGCCAGUGAGGCAUAUGCAUUUUCUUUGCUUCAUAUACUUCCCUGGGAACUCUCAGAGCUUCACUGUCAACAUUGCAUAUAGCGAAUAUAAAUUUAGUGCCAAGCUUAGGUUUUUACUACUUGAGCUACAGCCAUUUAAUUGUCUAUAUGUGUAUUAUUUGAUUGUACUUGUUGAUCAUAAUGGAUUGUUAGAAAGAAGAGUACUCAUUGACUAUCAAUUAAUGGAUUUGGCUGCUGAGUAACUUGUCAAGAAUUGUAAGAUAUCAGGGCAAUUUAUAUUCUAUAAGCAUUCAGCAUACAGUGUCUUUAAUUAGUGAAAGGGAUGAUGCUUCAUCUGUUCCACUCAGUACUAGUGCCAAUGAAACUAUUAGUUUUAAACCUGAUCUAGGCUGCUAUAUCAUUCUGUACCCUGGCUUCAGACCUCAGCACACUUUUCUCAUGAUGUGUAGUGUCAUGAAUACUGUGACUGAUUAUAAUCGUAUGCUGAAUAGUUACAAAACUGUUCAGCUGAUUUUUAUAUAAUGACGUAUGCUCAAGGGUUGACUUGUGAUUUUGCGUGUGAAAUUUACUCAUUACUAAUUCUGCUUUGAUGAGAAUAAAAUUGUAAUUAAUACAUACAUUAUCUGCUAGGUGUUUCAGCCUGGAAGUAGAGACGGAAAUAUCUUACCACUGGCAGUAAGUGGUGAUGUAUAUAAUGUGUGGAAAUUUGUUAAAUUUAGCAGGGUUGUGUAUAUUAGUAUUUGUUUGUGGUAUUAUGGUUUAUGUAUUAUUUUCAUUGUAUUAUGUUUUCUAGGCAGAAGUAGCUGAGUUUCAUUUUUCUAUGGACUAUUUUAACAAUUAACCAUGUGGUUGGUUGUUGCGUUGCAUUUUUGUGUUCACAAAUUAUCUGUUCCUACAAUUAGAAAUAAUUACCAACAUUUUUUGCUUAAAUGUUGCUGUCCUUCCAUUUCACUUCUGAUGUUUCCACGCUAAUGAAAAAUUGGUAUAUUCUCUUAUGGGAUCGUUGGUUCUAUCUGCCUCAUAUUGAUACUGAUAAGAAGCAGGUUGCAAAAGAAAUGCAUCAGGUAGAGCACUGUUCAUGAAGAAAUGUAAGUUUGUUCUUUCUGCAGUGUUUUCACUGUAUAAUUAAGCAUUAUAUUGUUAUUCACAUCGUCUUGCUUUGUUUGUUACAUUUAUGAUGAAAAUAUGAACUCUUUUAAAUAUUUAUGUUCUUUAAGAAAACAUUUCCCUCGUAUUGUUGCAGUAACCUUUCAUUUUGUUCUGGCUGUCCAUAAAUUGUGUAUAAAAGACUGUGUUGCUUCACUGCAUUUACUGUGCUCCCAUAUCACAAGCACUGAUUACCUGUAUAUUUUAUGAGCUAAUUGUUCUUACAGACUUCUGUUAGAAUUUAAUGUGUAGUGCUGCUUAUUUUGUAAAUCCUCAUUACCACUGAUGUUGAUGAUGGGAAGGCGAAUUACCAGGUCUUGUGUAUUUCAAAGCAUGUGCAGCAUUUGUUUCUAAACAAUUAAAAUUUGUAUUAGUAGUGUGUGUUUCCACAGUAUAUACACACACAUUAUUUCAGAGCUAGACAGAAAGAAAAUAAUGUUACUUGAAUAUUUGCAGGAACUAAAAAAUGCAUGUGAAUUUAAUUAUGUGUAAUUCAGUUAUUAGUAUACUUUUUCUUCUUCCAUCAUCAGCAGAUAAUAUUUGAGCCUACGAUAUGGACAAAUGAUGCUGUUUCUUUUAUACAUAUUGCAUAAUGUACUGUUUAAAUAUAUGUAAAGUUAAGUA